AUGACCUCAACUACCUACAAGGUCAUUAGAGCCAAACAGACACCAAGUACAAUCACCGUGUACCAAGCCUAUUCCCCUGAGAUAGCCGACCCAGCACUCAAAGCCCAAACGUUUGUCCCACCAUUCUCACGACAUAGAAUGACAUGGAUCAAACCCUCAUUCUUAUGGAUGGCAUACCGAUCAGGCUGGGCAACAAAACCCCUACAGGAACGUGUCCUAGCAAUAGAGAUUACCCGCGAGGGAUUCGAAUGGGCAUUGCGGCAUUGCUGUUUGAGUCACUAUACGCCUAGCGAGGAGACAAGCCAGGAGGAAUGGCAAAAGGAAUUACGUGCCAGUCCAGUUCGCGUCCAGUGGGAUCCCGAGCGGGAUCUUUCACUUCGGCCUUUGGAUUAUCGGAGUAUCCAGAUUGGGUUGAGUGGGGAGGCUGUUAGGAGAUAUGUUGAUGAGUGGAUUGUUUCAAUUGCUGAUGUGACUGAUACUAUGAGGCAGAUUGAUGGAUAUCUUAAGGAUGGGGAUGUUGAUGCUGCUAGGAGUUAUCUGCCUGAAGAGACGCCGUAUGUUUUACCUGAGGAUUUGCAGGAGCAUCUCAGGAUGAAAUAA